AUGGAUAUCAAAAGAACCAGCACGUUGUCCUCUACCACCCUCACAUCUCAGCCGCUGCCAACCGUCGUCUGGAUCACCGAAAAAAGCAAGAAAUUGGCCGGUUUUUACCCAAAAUCUCCAUUGCUCGUUCGGGCGAUUCCGAGCACCAUUUUCUUCGAUCCAGGGGCUUUUUCUCUCCUGGCAGCAAGUGGGCUGGGCCGCUGUAAAGAGCAAUCUGAUGCAAGUGUCCCCUUGUGUCUGAGUUCGAAGAUCAAGCCCCAAGGAUGUCUCGAAAGGGUGAUGACGCCUUAG